UCAGUUUAAAAAUAGCAAGAGAUUGGAGUUGUUUUUCGUGAUUAAUACAAAUAUAUAUAAAAGAAUGGUUUCGUUUAAUAAUUUAUAUUACUAUAUAUUUUCAAUAUAUAUCAUUAGUUUAAACAGUGACGCGUACAGAAUACUUGUGAUUGCUCCACUAAAUUCAAGAAGUCAUACUAAUAUGUUGGAAAGUGUCGCUAAAGCUUUAGCAUUGAAGGGACAUCAAAUUGACGUUAUUUCACAUUUCGAAAUGAAAAAUCCCCCAAAAAAUUAUACUACAAUUAUCAAUUUGGACGGUUCAUUGAAAAAAAUGGUGAAUACUUGGACAAUGGAAAUGGUAGAACAUUUUCGAUAUGUUGAUUUAAUUCCGACAAUAAUUGAAGAGUUUGGAAACAAUUUUUGUGAUUUAAUGGGGCUAGAGAAAAUGCAGAGGUUUAUCAAAAAUCCACCAAAUGAUCCCCCAUACAAUUUGGUCAUUGUAGAGGCUUUGGGAGCAAAUUGUUUUUUUGGAUUUGGACACGUUUUGAAUGUUCCAGUUGUCGUGGUGUCAGCUUUGACAGAAUUUUUAUGGUUUGAUGAAAUACUUGGAAACCCAAUGUCGAAUGCUUAUGCAGUUAACAUUAGGACAAAGGAUUUUCGAAUUGUAACAUUUUGGGAUCGAGUAAAAAAUCAUUUUUGGGCUCAUUUUAAUAAUUACCGAUUUUUCAAAUAUACAGAAGAAAAUCAGACCAUUGCUAUGAGAAAAUAUUUGAGUCCGAAUGUACCAAAUAUCAGAGAAAUUGAAAAGAAAACCGCUCUGCUUCUAGUCAAUGCCUAUCAGAGUUUCUUUGGUAUAAGACCUUUAACUCCCGCAGUCGUUCAAAUUUCUGGCAUUCAAAUUGAACUCAGUGAAACAAAAUUGACAAAGGAGCUAAAAAUUUGGAUGGAUGAAAGUUCUCACGGAGUUGUGUUUUUCACUCUAGGAUCUAUGGUUAUUAUCGAAGAUUUACCAAAAGAAAUUUUACUAGGAAUCUAUGCAGCUUUUGAAAAAUUAUCGCCCAUUCGAGUUCUAAUGAAAAUUGUAAAUAAAGAAAAACUUCCUCCAUGUUUGCCGAAAAAUGUGUUGACAAUGUCUUGGAUUCCGCAAAUUCCAGUUUUACAACACAAAAAUACAAAAGUAUUUAUGACUCAUGGAGGAUUAAAUAGUGUGCAAGAAGGUCUUUAUUUUGCUGUGCCAAUGAUUGGUUUUCCACUAUUUGGAGAUCAGCCACUAAACAUCCGGCUGCUAGCUGACAAGAAUGUAGCUUAUGAAAUGAAUUACAAAUAUAUUACCGAAAAAUCUUUAAGUAAUGCUUUGUAUGCAGUUCUUUAUGAUCCCAAGUAUCGAGAAGCUACUAGACGAGAAUCUCACUUAUUUCGAGAUCGACCUAUGAGUGCAACGGACACGGCAGUAUUUUGGAUCGAGUACGUUAUAAGGAACGGCGCAAAUUCAUUACGAUCACCAGCAAUGGACAUGCCUUGGUGGAAAGCAGAACUUGUCGAUGUCUACGUAUUUUUCUUUAUUUCUAUUAUUUUAAUAAGCUUCAGUGUUUAUUUUGUUUUAAGAAACACUUCCAGUCUAAUUUGCAGUAUUUUAAAUCACAGUUUUACAAAUCAUAGGAAAAAGGAUUAAAAUUUAUCUAUACUGUUUGAAACGAUUGUUAUUAAUUAUAAUUAUUUUCCUCUACAUAUAACAAUAUGAAAACGACACAAUGUGUACAAGAACUUGUUUCCAUUUCGAAUGUUGAACAUGUAUAAAAAUAGGAAAAGAACUAGGCGCAAUUGCGCCUACAUCUAGGGUUUCGUGGCGCUUUACAUUUUAAUUAAAAAAAAAUAAAUCAAAAAUAAAUAAUUUAAAAAUAAAUAAUGAAAUUUAUUUUAUAAAUUUUA